GUUUAACGGCUCAAUUAAUCGCUAAAACGCUCAUGGACAAUAAUAAUAGUCUACGAAUAUUAAGAUAAUUUGCAAAUCCUGCUCACUAAAUUCAUUAUUGUAUUGGAACAGAAAUCAAAAUGAAGAAAAUAAACCCACACAAUUCCCAAUAGUCACAGAAACUAUGUUGCACACACAGAAAUCAUUGCGAUUAAAGACAUCAUUAUUUGUCCAACAGAAACAGAUUUUUACCAUAGCAUCAUUGUUUAUAUAUAUAUAUAUAACAAUAUAUAACAAUCACUAUGAACUAUUUCUCAGUCAUGAAAGGAAAAUGCUUGCCAGAAUAGUGCGUGUGUGUGUGUGUGUGUUGGAGAGGGCAGAUGAUGAUGAUGAUGAUAUGUCAUGUGUAUGUACUGGAGUGCAUAGAUGGGGUGGUGGUGGAUUUGUUGGAGUGGGUGAAUGUUUAUAAAUGUAGUUUUGUGUGUUGGAAUAGGUAGGUGCUGAUAAUAUGCAUGCAAGGAAGGUAGAUGGUAGUGUGGGUGUGUGCAUUUGUGGGGCGAUGACUAUGGUGUUUGCAUCUGUGAGGUGGUGCUGGUAGGUGGCAGUAAUCUAUGUCUGUCUAUGUAAGUGGUGGCAAUGUGUGUGUAGUGGCAGUAGGGAGGGUAUGUGGUAGUGUGUGAGGCAUCGAUGGAAUGGUUAGUAAGUGUGGUGUGUGUUUGGGUAGUUGUGGUAGUUUGUGUAUUGGGUAUGUAAUUAUGUGUAUGUUUAGUGGUGUUGUGUCAUGUCUAGAGGUGAUAGGCUAGCUGGUGAUGUAUACUGGGGCAUGUGUGUGUACAGGUGAUAGAAUGGGUAUGUGUUGGCAUGUAGUAGCGGUGCCACAUGUAGGGGCAGGGUGUGUGUGUGUGAUGGUGGUGCUGUGUGUAGAAGCAAGGUAGGUGUGUGGAGGUGGUGCAGUGUGUAGGGCCAGAGGUGUGUGUAGAGGUGCUGGUGGUGCUGUGUGGAGGUAAAUGUGUGUGUGUAGAGGCAGUGUGUGUAUGGUGGCGCUGUGCCUAGGGGCAGGGUGUGUGUGUGUGGCGGUGGCACUGUGAGUAGGGACAGGUAGUGUGUGUACGGUGGUGCUGUAUCUAGGGGCAGGGUGUGUGUGUGUGGCAGUGUGUGUAGGGGCAGGCAGUGUGUGUACGGUGGUGCUUUGCCUGGGGCAGGGUGUGUGUGUUGCGGUGGCACUGUGUGUAGGGGCAGUGUGAGUACGGCAGCACUGUAUCUAGGGGCAGGGUGUGUGUGUGUGGCGGUGGCACUGUGUGUAGGGGCAGUGUGUGUAUGGUGGUGCUGUGCCUAGGGACAGGGUGUGUGUGUGGCGGUGGCAGGCACUGUGUGUAGGGGCAGGGUGUGUGCGGUGGUGCUGUGCAUAGGGGCAGGGCGGUGGCACUGUGUGUAGGAGCAGUGUGUGUGCAGUGGUGCUGUAUCUAGGGGCAGGGUGUGUGAGUGGCAGGCACUGUGUAUAGGGUCAGUGUGUGUAUGGUAGCGCUAUAUCUAGGGACAGGGUGUGUGUGUGGCGGUGGCACUAUGCUUAGGGGCAGGCAGUGUGUGUACGCUGGUGCUGUGCCUAGGGACAGGGGGUGUGUGUGGCGGUGGCACUGUGUGUAGGGGCAGGGUGUGUGCGGUGGUGCUGUGCCUAGAGGUUGUGUGUGUGUGUGUGUGUGUGUGUGUGUGUGUGUGUACACGUGUACAGUGGUGCUGUAUCUAUGGGCAGGGUGUGUGCGUGGCCGUGGCACUGCGUGUCGGCACAGGAAGGCUGUCGUGGAGAGCUGGUGAUCGCUCCUGGCUGGGGGGGUCUCUGUGCGCCUACGAGCCGGGCUGGUGCCACAGAGCUUCGGGAGCGGCCGGUGUAUCAGGUCCCACGCCGGGACUGCCGGGCAGGUUGCCGCGGGCGGGAGCUGAACAAUGCGGAGCCGGGGAGGGGGCUGAGCUCCUGACGCUCCGCCGAGCGCUCAGGGCCGGGCGGGAAGGACACCCACCUACGUCGCCUUGUGGUGGGGUUUUUCCCCUCCUCCUUUUCGUCGCUGCUGACGCGCCGCUGCCUAUUAAUCAUUCACCAGCCAGAGAGCGGCAAUUAACGCCGAUCUGCUCGGCGGCAGCCUCCUGGCUCCCCAUGCCAGGCUCGGGCGGGAGACUCCGCCAGCAUGCCGAGCCAGGCGGGCGGCCAGCGCCGGCUGCUGUGAGCCCGCGGGAGGGGAGGGCUGGGCUGGGCUGAGGAUGCUCCCCAAUGGCACCUGCCCCAGGCUCCCGGGCGGUGCAGGUGGAGGCAGCGGCAGUAGCGGCGGCGCGAGCGGAGGGAGCUGCUGUAGCAGCGGCAGCGCCGGCGGGGUCCUGGGGGAGGCAGCGGCGGGGGGCAUGGAGGCGGGCGGCAGGAACUCCUCCGGCGCCCCGAACGGCACCCUGAGCGACUCGCAGGGCAGCGCCAUCCUCAUCUCCUUCAUCUACUCCGUGGUGUGCCUGGUGGGGCUGUGCGGCAACUCCAUGGUCAUCUACGUGAUCCUGCGCUACGCCAAGAUGAAGACGGCCACCAACAUCUACAUCCUCAACCUGGCCAUCGCCGACGAGCUGCUGAUGCUCAGCGUGCCCUUCCUGGUCACCUCCACCCUGCUGCGCCACUGGCCCUUCGGCUCGCUGCUCUGCCGCCUGGUGCUCAGCGUGGACGCCAUCAACAUGUUCACCAGCAUCUACUGCCUGACGGUGCUCAGCGUGGACCGCUACAUCGCCGUGGUGCACCCCAUCAAGGCGGCCCGCUACCGCCGGCCCAGCGUGGCCAAGAUGGUCAACCUGGGCGUCUGGGUGCUCUCCAUCCUCAUCAUCCUGCCCAUCAUCAUCUUCUCCAGCACGGCGCCCAACAGCGACGGCACGGUGGCCUGCAACAUGCUCAUGCCCGAGCCCACUCACCGGUGGCUGGUGGUCUUCGUGGUCUACACUUUCCUGAUGGGCUUCCUGCUGCCCGUGGUGGCCAUCUGCCUCUGCUACAUCCUCAUCAUCGCCAAGAUGCGCAUGGUGGCGCUCAAGGCCGGCUGGCAGCAGCGCAAGCGCUCCGAGCGGAAGAUCACCCUCAUGGUCAUGAUGGUGGUGAUGGUCUUCGUCAUCUGCUGGAUGCCCUUCUACAUCGUGCAGCUGGUCAACGUCUUCGUGGAGCAGGACGACGCCACCAUCAGCCAGCUCUCCGUCAUCUUGGGCUACGCCAACAGCUGCGCCAACCCCAUCCUCUACGGCUUCCUCUCGGACAACUUCAAGAGGUCCUUCCAGCGGCUCUUGUGCCUCAGCUGGAUGGACAACGCCACGGAGGAGCCCGUCGAUUACUACGCCACGGCCCUGAAGAGCAGGGCGUACAGCGUGGAGGACUUUCCCCCCGACAACUUGGAGUCGGGGAGCAUGUACAGGAACGGCACUUGCACCUCCAGGAUUACCACCCUCUGAGGAAGCGCGCAGCAACCUCCCGACGCCCCCCCAGGCGCAGGGCAGCCGGGAGCUGGGGACUG